UUGCUAGAGCUCACUCUCAAAAGAUAUCAUGAUAACUCUCGAUGCUCGCAACUUUCUUCCACCGCUGGGCAAGAAUCUGCAAAUCCAGCACCAGCAGCCACAGCACAAGCUCAAGCCGACGACGACGAGAAGAAAAUUGGCCAUUUUGUCGACGAUUGGAGUGCCAGCCACUUUGCUUUUCGGCUUGACGAGUGUGGCUCGGUGCGAGCAAGUGAGGCUGGAAGACGUUGACAAUCCAAAGUUGCGGGAGGCGAUUCGAGCAGCUGUAAGUGGUGACUUUGAUUAUGCCGAGGCCCUCUUCUCGGAGCUUCUAUCCGAGGAUGAUACAAAUGCUAGCGUGUGGUCCAACCGUGGAAACGUGAGAGUGUCACUCAAGAAGUACCAGCAAGCGCUAGAAGAUUACACGAAAGCAGUAAUUCUUGCGCCUGGAGCACCAGUUCCGCUGCUCAAUCGAGCCAUUGCGAACGAGGCGCUAGGAAACUAUGGCGAUGCCAUUGCUGACUGUGAGGCAGCCAUUAAAAUCGAUCCUCGGGAGUACGCAGCGUGGUAUAAUCUGGGAAACGUGGAUGUUCGUGUCAAAAACUAUGCUGCUGCUGCAAGUGCUUACGAGAGAGCUGCCACUUUAGCUCCUGGAAUCGCAGGAUACCGAUUCAAGCAAGCACUAGUUCUCUUCCAGCUAGAUCAAGUCCAAGCAGCAAAGAAAUUGCUGCAAGGCCUCGUGAGGAAGUAUCCCAACUAUGCCGAAGCUCAUGCAGCAUUAGCAGCUCUUCUCUGGAAAGAAGGCAACCGAAGCCAAGCAGAAGACCAGUUCAAUCAAGCCGGCGUGCAAAAUCCAAAUUUUAGCGAUGCAAGGUGGAUAGGCUCGAGCUUGGAAUGGCCUCCUGCCGUGGUUGACGCAAUGGACAAGUUCCUGGAGAUCAAUAUCAAGUAAGUGGAAGAACGCAAGAGUCUAUUAGUUCGCAAGUUUGUGGGGAGAGGCGAAUGGAAACAUGGAAGUCUAUCCGCGCUCAUGCUCUAGUUUUCCUCGUGUAUGCCUUCAUCGUCAGCAGAGCAAGGAAGAGCAACUUGGAGCGGAGGUGGAGCUUGUGGAGUCGAUGGAGUCGAUGAAGUUGAUGGCGAUGAAGGGCAAUAAUCAGCAGGAGGGCUCGCUUGCUCAUUACUUUCGGAAUUGUACAUGGGAGAGACUGUGUAGGAUCUGUGAUAAAUCAUUGAUCACGUAUAAGAAACCAAAGCUUCUACACAAUUUUUA